GUGAUCGCGUUUUAAUGUUUACAUUCGAGGCGGGUGAGGGGGAAUCCUUUUGCCAGACGGGGGCCCGUUUCGGUUUCAUUUCCCGGGAGGAGGCGGAGUGGGGGACGGCCGCGGCCAGCGGAGCUCAUGCUGCGGUCCAACCACUGACGAGAGGAGACAGAGGCCUGGAGGGACCGCCUUAUCCGCAGCCAGUGACCAGGGCAUCGCGCCGAGCAACAUGGAGGAGCUGGUGGUGGAGGUGCGGGGCUCCAAUGGAGCCUUCUACAAGGCAUUUGUGAAGGAUGUACAUGAAGAUUCCAUAACUGUUACUUUUGAAAAUAACUGGCAGCCAGAGCGACAGAUACCAUUUCAUGAUGUAAGGUUCCCGCCACCUUCAGGUUACAAUAAGGACAUAAAUGAGAGCGAUGAAGUUGAGUUUUUGAGGGUGAAAGGCGAAGAUGAUUUCAUGGUUUAUUCCAGAGCAAAUGAGAAAGAGCCAUGCUGCUGGUGGCUUGCUAAAGUUAGAAUGAUAAAGGGUGAGUUUUACGUAAUAGAAUAUGCAGCUUGUGACGCCACCUAUAAUGAGAUAGUCACCAUAGAAAGGUUGCGAUCUGUAAAUCCAAACACACCAGCAACAAAAAACACCUUCCACAAAGUGAAGCUGGAUGUUCCUGAAGAUUUGCGGCAGAUGUGUGCAAAAGAAUCUGCUCACAAAGACUUCAAAAAGGCAGUAGGAGCGUUUUCAGUAACAUACGAUUCAGAAAAUGGCCAGCUUGUCAUCUUGUCUGUUAACGAAGUUACCAUUAAAAGGGCGAACAUGUUGAGCGACAUGCAUUUCCGAAGCCUCCGGACAAAAUUGUCUUUAAUGUUAAGAAACGAAGAAGCCAGCAAGCAACUUGAAAGCUCACGGCAGCUAGCCUCCAGAUUCCAUGAGCAAUUUGUUGUACGAGAAGAUCUGAUGGGUUUAGCCAUCGGCACUCAUGGCGCAAAUAUACAACAAGCUAGGAAAGUCCCCGGGGUAACUGCUAUUGAUUUGGAUGAAGACACAUGUACAUUUCAUAUUUAUGGUGAGGACCAAGAUGCUGUAAAGAAAGCAAGGACAUACCUAGAAUUUGCUGAAGAUGUAAUCCAAGUUCCUCGAAACUUAGUAGGAAAAGUCAUUGGGAAAAAUGGAAAACUCAUUCAGGAAAUUGUGGAUAAAUCAGGGGUUGUUAGAGUUAGGAUUGAAGCUGAAAAUGAUAAAAAUAUUUCCCAAGAGGAGGGAAUGGUUCCUUUUGUAUUUGUGGGCACAAAGGACAGUAUCACCAAUGCAACCGUUCUGCUGGACUACCACCUUAACUAUUUAAAGGAAGUGGACCAACUUCGGCUGGAGCGGCUGCAGAUUGAUGAACAGCUCCGACAAAUUGGAGCCAGCUCGAGGCCUCCACCAAAUCGCCCCGAUAAAGAGAAGGGCUAUUUGAGUGAAGACUGUAGUGGCAUAGGACGAGGCAGUCGACCCUAUAACAACAGGGGACGCAAUAGGAGGGGGACUGGUUAUGCAUCGGGUACAAAUUCUGAGGCAUCAAAUGCUUCAGAGACUGAGUCUGACCACCGAGAUGAGCUUAGUGAUUGGUCUUUGGCCCCCACUGAGGAAGAGCGAGAUAAUUACAUACGACGGGGUGAUGGAAGAAGACGUGGCGGACCACGAGGUCAAGGAAUGAGGGGACGCGGGGGUUUCAAAACAAAUGAUGACCCGUCUCGAACAGACAACAGACAGCGCAAUUCCAGGGAGCCUAAGACGAGGACAGCAGAUGGCUCUCUUCAGAUCCGAAUUGACUGCAAUAACGAGAGAAGUGUACAUACUAAGAGCUUGCAGAACACACCGAUUGAUGGUAAUCGACUUCGCACUGGCAAAGACCGGAUCCAGAAGAAAGAAAAGUCUGAGGCAGUGGACGGGCAGCAGCUGGUGGUUAACGGCGUACCGUAACUUUACUUGUCUCCUGUCAAUCCUUCACACUCUAAGCAAAUUCUAAGAUUCAUCAUAUUUCACGUUAUAGAAGCCUGUUAGGCCAAAGACAAAUAGGCGAGAAGACAUGGGGCAUGAAACAAAGCGUUCCUGUUAGCCUUAUUUUGUUAGAAUUGGCUAUAAACAGUUUUCAAAGGUCAGACAUUGGAAACCUAUUUGCAUUAAAUAUCAAACCUUCUGAGGCUUUCAAGUACAUAUUGCACUUGACUUAAAAACCAGAAAAAAAAUAAUAAAAAAAUAAAGGUAUUUUUUGUUUAAAAGAGAAAAUAAAUGAAAAAAUACUAAGCUGUGUGUUGGUAUAAUUGUGUUCAGUUGCACUAUUUUCAGGCAGCUGAUUAGGAACAGUAGACCACAGAAUCACUGCUGUCCUUCAGUUUUCAGACUGAAGGCUUCUAUUCAGCCUGGCUCAUGUUUCCACUUAUGCAGUAUGUCUUACGCCAUUCCUUCACCUCCAACUCAUUGGACAAUAUCUUAGUGGGACCUAAUAAUUGUGCAACGUAAUGUCAUUUCUCAUUUGGUUAAAAAAGAAAAAAACUAUGGAAAAAAAAAGUUGUAUGAUCUGUGCCUUUUUUAUAACUCGACAUGUAUGGCUAGUGUUUUGAAUGCAGGAAUCAGGGGAGGAAAAUGUAAGUGUAAAAUAUACAGUAUGUAGCAAUUCUUUAAGCCCAAUAGAACUCUUAAGGUGAGUGCAUGCUUUCCAUACAUACGUAGACAUUAGCCUCGGCUGCAAGCAGUAAACAUUUUUGUUUUGCACUGAUAUAUUGGCAAUUAAUAGUCACGCCAGGGACCCUGUGUCUUCAUAGACAGAAUAGAUAGGACCAUUUUUUUUAAUGUUGUGAGCAAUGAUUUAAUUCCAGAGUGUUGGGGGAUUUGUGUCUGAUGGGUGAGUGAGGGUCUGUUUAGUAUCUUGAUUUCAUACCGAUUUGAAAGACCCCCGACACACACACACACACACACAAACAAAGGGUUGGUAGAUGCUUGUGUACACCCUAAGACCUUACACUCACCAUGACUGAUGGAUUCCCCUAACUGUAAAGAAACUAACUAUAUUUCAAAAAUAGGGUCUUCUAACAUAGCAACUAUACAAUGUAGCUUUUGUCCUUUUUCAUUUCAUAUGCUCCCUUUCUUUAUUGCCUAUGAACUCACAGCAUGUACUGAAUAAGAGCUUCUCCUUAUCUGCUGAGACUUUCAGAUAAGCCCCGCUUUCUCAUGUUCUACCUGAAACCAAUUUUCGUUUUGGCUUCUUGCAUACAAGUGAAUACACAAUAGCAAUUUUGCUGCACUUAAUUUAACAGAUCUAAAAAAAUAAAUGAAAAGAGACUAAAGUAUUGCCAAACACUAAUUUUAGUUAUUUAUUUCUUUUGGGAAUGUAUAGUAUUUGGAAACUGAAUGAAUUGGUACAUUGCACACAUCAUCUCUACGCUGGUUUGGUUUAAUAUGCUGUAGAUAAGUAACCAAGGUAGUCUAACCUUGUUCAUGCCAUGAGGUAUUCUCCUCUGUACAUAAUAGCUACAAUCUAUUGGACUUUAUGUUGACAUUUGUUUGGUUAUAGUGCAAUAUAUUUUGUAUGCAAGCAGUUUCAAUAAAGUUUGAUCUUCCUCUGCUAACUGAAUUCGGUUGACUGUUUAGAAUUAAACCAUUAAAGCCCUUUUUUCUUUCUUCCCUUUUUUUUUUCUAAAAGUGUGUCACCUAUACAUGUGGAAGUGUGUGGUCUACCAGGUUGUCAGAUGUCUCGUUCUGUCACUGGGAACAAUGUACAGACGUAAUAGAACUAAAUUUGUCACUUAUGUACCCAUUUUCCUUUGUUAUGAGCUUAGUCUUGUAACAUCAUUAUAUCAGUUUUUCUGUUAGAGUUCCAAAUCCCCUACUGCUAAUUAUACAGCCCAUAUGACUAGACAGACUACGUUUACGCUUGUGUAUUUUAGAUUGUGUUUUGCUUCAGUAAUUGUAACCCAAAACUAGGACUGGAUCUAAAGUGGAGCAAUUCUGUCCAGCACACUUUUUAGCUGGUUUCAUACUUUUUAUACGUUGUACAUCUUGGCAAACCAUUAACCUUUCUAAUAUACUUCAUAAGAAAAUUAUUUCCUUUUUAUAGAAUUCAUGGCUUAUAAAAUCAUGGCUUUGUCCAAGCUGAAGCACAGGCAUGGACAAAGUGCAGUAAGUGAUGGUGGGCUGGCACUCCUGUGUUCUCUUCUGUCACAUAGAACUCCUCUGUGCUCUAUACUGUCUGAUAGGAUUGAUCUGUGCUCUCUCAUGUCUGAUAGUACUCCUCUGUGCUCUCUCCUGUCUGAUAGUACUCCUCUGUGCUCUCUCCUGUCUGAUAGGACUCCUCUGUGCUCUCUCCUGUCUGAUAGGACUCCUCUGUGCUCUCUUCUGCCUUAUAGUACUCCUCUGUGCUCUCUCCUGUCUGAUAGCAUUCCUCUGUGUUCUCUCCUGUCCUAUCAGACAGCACAGAGGAGUGCUAGCCCACCCUCACUUACUGGACUUUGUCUAUGCCUGUGCUCGAGCUUGGACAAAACCAUGAUUUCUAUAUAUAAAAAAAAAUGUAAAAAAAAAGUCUGAUGUAUAUUAGAAAGGUUAAUGUUUUGCCAAGAUGUACAACAUAUAAAACGUUUUUGUAUCUAACAGUGCCCAUUUAAACUUACAUAGAGUACAUUAAUGGUAAAUAUAUAUGCACACAUAUUCUGUGAUUUUACGGACGCAUUUUUUCAUGAAAUAAAUCUAAAAAUACACAGUGUAACCAUUGCCUUGUGCUGUUCCGUUAUUGUGCCAAUGGUACCACUGCAAGUUAUGGUCCAAUCUUGGGUCUAUGGACUCAGACUGACGGAAUCAUAAUGAUUUAUGACUGUGUCAGUUUGGGUUUCUUAACCCACAGUCCUGCUGGGACUUUGGGCCAUAAUAUGAAUGCAUGUUGCGCUGGCACUCAUGUAAAACCAGCUUGACUUGGUGUAGAAUCCACUCCUGGCUCUGGCUUCCAGAUAUUGAUGAAAAAUACUGAAUUAUAUUCUUCUGUGUGAAAAGUAACAUUCUGUCUGACAGUAGGGGCAGUUUAUUUUUCUGUGAUACAUUGAACCCAAUGAUAACCCUAUAAAUUGGUUGUGUUCCGUAAAAGCUUUAUAAAUGUUCAGUGAGCUGACUUUAGUGGCAGCUGCAGACUUUGUUUUGUGUUUAGCCAAACAUAGGAUUGGACACCAAAGAAAUGGUAACUAUAAGCUUUUCCUUUAUCUUUAUACUUUUCCUACACAAGCAACUGUUUGUGUGUGUGUGAAUGCACCCUAAGGCCCCAUUAACACGGCAGAGUUUCCAAGCGGAAAUCAAUUGUAAAUUCUGCGCAGAAAUUCUGCUUACAUUCCACGACAAUUCAGUUCACAGCACAUAUUCUGGGCAGAUUAUCAGUCUCGGUGACUUCCGUGUGCUUUGGACUCAGAAUUCUGCCAAAGAAUGAACAUAUUCAUUUCUUCUGGAGAAUCCGGAAUGUAUAAUAUUCUUGUUGGAUUUUCUGCCGUGUGAAAAGGUCAGCAAACAUUCCAAUGACCGCACUGUUAACUUCAUCUAGUAGAAUUCCCAAGGAGAAUUUUAAGGCUCAUUCCAUGGUGGAAUUUCGGCGCUCGACACAGAUUCUUGCUGGAAUUUAGAGUACUCCGGGGGAAAACAUUUAUUUUUAU